UUCUGACAUAUAGGAGUUUUUGUAAAAAUGACUUGGGCAAUUCUCAUUGCUUGCAAAGGUCUGGGUUAGUUUCAGUAACAUUGCAUUUCCCUCUCCUUUGAGGUUUGAUAAAAGCCGUAAAACCAUGUGGGCCUGCUGUCCUUUUAAUGGUAGGUCUUGAGUCACUUUUCUAAUCUUCUAUGGUCAUUGGUCUACUUAAACUUUCUACUUCCUUUGUGAUCAGCUUAUUGAAGGAGUUGGCACUUGGUGGAUAUUUAGUAUAUGCUAAGUAUGAGGGUAUGAAGAAAAGGGUAGGGAGGUACUGGACUCUCAGCUUCAAAUGCCCACCCCCUUCCCAUCUGUUCAGACCCCCAAUCCAACCUGUCCAUCAAGGCCCAACUACAUGCUUCCUCCUCUGAGAUGCCCUCUUGGAUUUCUCCUGGCCCUUCUUCCCUGCUCCAUUCUCAGGUCAAUGGGCCCAUUUCUUUGCUUCUCUGCUGGACAGACGCCACAAACUCUCUGCUUUCUGGCUGGAUAGCGUGGGGGUGGAGGGGGGAUGUGUGCACAGAAGAGGCCUCCCCCCUCGUGCCUGGCACAUUCAGCAUGUGCUGCCACCUCCCCCCAGCAGUUCCGAUCACGCCAACAUCUGGAGAACAGGCCACCGGGUCUGUCUGCGGCUCAGUGGGGAUUUGCAUGGCCUUUGGACCUGCUCCUCCUUCUACCUGGAACUCGCUUCCUGUCUUGGCUCUUGGGUCUCAGUUCAGAGAGAACCACCCCCACCUUCUGGCUCAUGGGGCUCCCUCAUUAUGCCAAGGUCGCUCCAACCAGCCUGGCACAAUGGGGAGGAAAAAAAUCCAGAUCUCCCGCAUUCUGGACCAAAGGAAUCGGCAGGUGACAUUUACUAAGCGGAAGUUCGGGCUGAUGAAGAAGGCCUAUGAGCUGAGCGUGCUCUGCGAUUGUGAGAUCGCCCUCAUCAUCUUCAACAGCGCCAACCGCCUCUUCCAGUAUGCCAGCACGGACAUGGACCGCGUGCUCCUGAAAUACACGGAGUACAGCGAGCCCCACGAGAGCCGCACCAACACCGACAUCCUUGAGACACUGAAGCGGAGGGGUGUGGGCCUUGAUGGACCAGAGCUGGAGCCAGAUGAAGGGCCUGAUGGGCCAGGAGAGAAGCUGCGAAGGUUGGCAGGUGACGGGGGUGACCCAACCUUGCCCCGGCCCCGGCUCUAUCCAGCAGCCCCUACUAUGCCCAGCCCGGACAUGGUAUAUGGGGCCCUGCCCCCACCAGGCUGCGACCCCAGUGGGCUUGGGGAGGCCCUCCCCGCCCAGAGCCGCCCAUCCCCUUUCCGGCCAGCAGCACCCAAAGCUGGGCCCCCAGGCCUGGCACACCCUCUCUUCUCACCGAGCCACCUUGCCAGCAAGACACCACCACCCCUGUACCUGGCAGCAGAUGGGCGGAGGCCAGACCUGCCUGCUAGCCUGUCGGGGGCCCGAGGGGGACUGAGCACCUCAAGAGGCCUCUAUGGUAGCCUACAGAGUCCAUGCUCUGCCACAGCUCCAGGACCCCCACUCGGGAGUUUCCCCUUCCUCCCUGCAGGCCCCCCAGAUUAUGGCCUGGGAGACCCACCUCCGCCCCCUGGCCUGCUGCAGCCCCCCACCCUGGCCCCCUGGCAGCAUUCCAGGGGUGAUGGGCCCCCAUCCGCCCCUCCCCAGCCCAGUGGGAGCCGAAGCCUGAGUGAGGAGGGUCCCCCCGCCCGUGGCGCCUCCCCACCAACCCCCCCAGUCAGCAUCAAGUCCGAGCGCCUCUCGCCAGCCCCUGGGGGCCCCGGCGACUUUCCCAAGACUUUCCCCUAUCCCUUGCUCCUGUCCCGGCCCCUGGCAGAGCCCCUACGGCCCGGACCCCCCCUACGCCGUCUGCCCACUGCCGACGGCUGGGCUCGGUAGUGGACCCAGGGGUGGCAUGGGUCCUUCCUCCCACGCGGGGCGAGGGCACGUGGGGUCCCAGUCUCCCUCCCCGCGUCGUUAGAGAA